AUGGGGGAGGAGCAAAGCAAAAAUAAGAAAAGAAAAAAAUGGCUCCUUCUUCCCGAACCCUGCUCCACCGACCCACAGCCACCCGAACCACCCUUCGUCUCCGGCAGCCAAUCACUGUCGCAACACACUGCUGUUCCGCCGCCGGUCCCACAGCAACCUCCAUUUCGACCACCCUCUGCUCCACCAACCUGCUUCUCCAGCACAGGCCACCCGUUCCUCUGCAGCUCCAGCCGAACACUCCACCAGCCCCCUGUCCCAGCCAGACUCUCAACGACUCCACAGCACCAGCCGAAGCCUUCUGUGAGCUACCGGACCUCUGCAAUCGGCCACCAAUCAGCCAGGCCACCCUGUUCCUCUCCUCUUCCGCCAGACGCUGCUGCUAGCUCUUCUCUGCAGCCCUUCUCCCCUGUUCCAGCCACAGCAGCAACCACCGUCACCGUCCGUCAACUCCAGCCCCCUGCUUCCUCCCACGGCCAAGCCACCUGCACGGCGACCACGACCCAGUUCUGGCGGUAUCCCCAGGAUUCUUUUUAG